AUGCCUCAAAAAUCAUUUAAAGUUAACGAUGAAUAUGCGAAAAUUUCGGAAAUUAUUCCAGGACUAUUUAUUUCUGGUGUAAGUGGUUUAACACUCGAAAAUAUUAAGAAAUAUCAAAUUUCAAUGAUUAUCAAUGCUACAACUGAGGUUCCACAAUUGAAGAUGUUUGGUAAUAUAGCACGACAAAAAUUAUGGCUUGAGGAUAAGCCAGAUGUUGACAUCUAUUCCUUUCUAGAUUUUUUAAGCGACCAGAUUGAGGUCAAUAUUGCCGAUGGUGGCAAUGUUCUUGUACAUUGUGUUGCGGGAGUUUCGCGCUCCGCAUCAAUAUGUUUGGCUUAUCUUACCAAAUACAAAUGUAGAUCGUUAAGAGAUGCUUAUCAUUUAAUGAUCGAUAAGAGACCUUUGGUCAGACCUAAUCUUGGCUUCUGGCAGGCGCUUAUAACUUAUGAAAAAACGAUCAAAGGUAACUCUGGAUCAGUUCGUCUUAUAUCUGAUCCUGCUCAGCAGGAUAACUUGCUACCUGAUGUUUAUCUACGAUUGGCUAUUCAGAACAAGCCAGAGAGUAUAGAUUCUAGCGAAAAUGCUUCGAAAAAAGCAAGGAAUCAAGCUAAUAAAAUAAAAUUUCAACCGAUUCUUGAAACACUUUCUGAAGGAACUGAAGGUAUAGAUAAGGAUUCUUUAGUUGACAAGGAUUGCGAUAAUUAA